UUGUGAAUUGCGCGAAAUGUGUAUUGUUUAGCCGGAAAUAUUAAAUUUGUACAAUUUUCGUGAUUUUUGCAAAUUUGUAUCACUUUCUGUUAUUGUUUGACCAUAAAUAUAUCUUUUACGAUGGCACAACAAUGUCCUGCUUCUGUGGAUGUUACCGAUAUACAAUUUAAGUUACAAAGUAAGCACAAAAUUUUUGGUGAAAAUUCUAAAUUGCGAGAUCACGUUAACUUGUUAGCCUGCGCUAGUAAUCAUGGGCUACUUUUUGUUGGCAAUCCGAAUGAGCCUGAACUGCUUGCGUUUAUGUUACCGGAUAUAAUCUAUGCUAAAUCAAAACAGCAGCCUGUGCACGUAAGAACCACAAAACUGCCCAAUGUAGCUAACACGAUUGGAUGCAACGCUGAUGGCUCUAUGUUGGCAGUGAACUACACACUGCAAGGUUUUGGCGUGUUGGAUAUUUAUCAUGUGCCAUCGUUUGCUAAUUCUGAUGUUAAGACUUUAUAUAGCAUACGUUUACCUGAUCAGAAUGUGUAUGCUUUACACAUUUUAUGGAACCCUGUGUUGUCGAAUAUAAUAGGUGUGGUGCUAAGCAAUGGCAACUUUGUUUUAUAUACGCUCAAAGAUGGUGGAGCAAUGGAAAUGCGCUCUUUAAACAAUCAGCAAAUACAAUCGGGUUGUUGGUCACCAAAAGGCAAGCAAAUCGUAUUUGGAUACCCCAAUGGAAAGUUGCAACAAUUCAAGCCUGAUCUUACGAUAGUCAAAAGUAUAAUUUGUCCACCGAAUAUACAUCCAGGUCCAUUCGAUACCAUAGCACUGCAUUGGUUAUCCACUUUUCAAUUUGUCGCUAGUUUUCUACAGCAUGGCGAUGAAGCUAUGCCAAAUUUAUAUCUUAUAAAUGCGCCAAAAGGUGGUACGCCAGUAUAUAUAAAUUACAAUGAUGUAUGUUAUAGCGGCAGUGAACCUAGAAAACAACAAGUUUCAUUUAUACAUAUUGCACAAUGGAAUCUGUUACUGGUUACAUCUGCAAAUGGCGUUGAGAUAGGUUUAUUAGGCACCAAAGAUAGUAAUGAUCAGCCACAAUGGGUACAUUAUAUGCUAUUAGAUGAAGCACGUAUUGAAAUGCCGCUUACCGAGGGUAGUGAUGAAACAUAUCCCAUUGGUUUGGCUUUGGACAUUUCACCAACACAUCAAUUGAUAAUGGGUGAGAGAAAGUUGGAUACCAUGCCCGUGAUACAUGUACUCUCCACACACGGUCAUUUGUUGUGUUUCAAUUUCUUGAAUUUAACGGAAAAUGCGGUAAAUAUUUGCUCACCACCUGCACCCAUACAAUAUGCAUUGUCAGAGUUUCGCAUUCUAGACGAAGGCAGUUUAACAAAAUCGAGCUCUACACAAAGUGUAGUGGAGGAUACCAAAAAUAUUUCCUUACCACCAAUUGAGCAACUACCACCUGCCCCAGCACCACCACUAUCCUUUAAUACGCAACCACAAAUAAAUGCUGCGCCGCAAAUGGUAUCUAUGUUUGGUGCGCCAGCAAAUAAAAAUUUAUUUUCGGCUGGUUGGGAACAGAAGUCACAAAAUCUUAAAUUUGGUGCCCCGCCAUCAAGCCAAGAAGCAGCGCCAAUAGCGUUGACAAAACCAAUUGCACAAGCUGCGCCUAUGGGAAUGACACAGCAAACAUUGAAAGCCCCACAGUCUACAAAUGAAGUCUUUAAACCUUUAUAUACUGUCUCUCCGGAAUUUGCACCACCAACUGUGCAAUCUGUGCAACAACAAAAUCAGCAGCCACAAUAUGAAGUGAUUUCGAAAUCAAAAGCACAAACGUUGAAUUUGAACGAAACAAACACUGUUAUACAACAAAUGAUUGUUAUGCAAAUUUCGUCUUUCGAUAAAGAAAUUAAACAACUUGGGCAGAAAGCAAAGCUGGCGCUGAAUGAUGAUCCCAGUGUUAUGAAAAGUUACAGCAAACGUUUAAUAAAUCUACAAGAAAUCAUCGAACAAGCCAACGAACGUGACUUUAUAAUGGAUGUACAAGAUUUACGGCAUUCACUAACGGAAUCUUAUGAAAUGCUAAAUGAGUGUCGCACUAAAUUGGAAACAUAUCAAAAUCCUGACACACCUGGCGUAAAGUAUUUAUCACUGUACGAUUGCAUUAGUCAACGUCAAUUAAAAUGUCUGCAAAGUUAUCUAACUGUAAAUCAAAGCAUAAUGAAACGUUUAGAGGAUCAAAUGGAUACCCAGUGGUCACAUUAUCAAGAUUUAGUGCGUCGUAAUUCGAGAAUCCAUUUGCGAAUACCUUGCCUGGAUGGCAUAUAUCAACAAAUGACCAAAUUGAAAAAUCUUAUUACGCAACAGCAAUCUAAAUUGCAUUAUAUUAAGAGCAUUAUCAAGCAAAAGGAUUUGGGCAGCAUUAGAACUGGUAGUGAGAGUCGUAAGGACUUAAGCGCACAAACGAUAAAGUCGGAUGGUGGCUUGGUAUCCUUGGCUGAUUCUAUACUCUCCAUGACCAUACAAAGUAUUACCGAUGCAAAGAGUAGCAAAUUAUCCGAAAAUAAACUGACAGCUUUGAGAAACUUCGUCAGCGAACAGGGAAAAGUAAAAAUAAUCAAGCCACAACGGCCGAAUCGUGUUGAGCUCACAUCAGAGGUUAUUUUGGAGACCAAGCAGCUCAUUAAAAAGAAAGAAACGAAAGACAAAGAAGCAAAGGUCGCUGCUGUUAAAGCACAAGAUGUGGUAAAACAUUCGACUACAGCGACAUUUAAACCAAUGCAAACUCAAAUUAAUCAAAUGCAACUACAAAAAGGACAACAGCAGCAACAACAACAACAAAUAAAACAGAUAACCGAACAACAACAGUUACAAUUUUCGAAGGCAACACCAACAGUGGGCUUUUUCAGCAAUGCACAAACCGCUGCUGCUGCUGCUACUAGUGCUGCUGCCGCCGCCGCCACUAUACAGUCAAACCAACAAACGAGCACUCCAUUCGCGGCGCUUAAUUUCAACACCGGCAGCAACACCAACAUAUUUGCCAAGACUGAGCCCAAUAAAGUCGAGAUUAAUGCAGAAAUGUCAAAAAUGGGUGGAAAUAACAGUAACACUCUUAAAGCCAAUGUUGUUGCUGAAAAUAAACCCAACAACACCUUUGCUGCUGCCCCCAACAAAACUAUAUUACCGAAACCCGCCGAAGCUGGGGAGAAAUCACCGGCGGCAGCAGCGAAUUUCUCAUUUACAAAUAAAAGCGAUGCGGGCGAUGCCGCUAAACCAGCAGCCGCUUUUAAUAUUGCUUCAAAGGGAUUCGCCGGUUUCGGACAGCAGGCAACUAAUGCCAAUGCACCAAAUACUAUGUUUGCUAAUAAUCCGAAUAAGUCAGUGGUUGAUUUGAGUGGCAGUCAAACCAAGGACGUGCCUAAAGCUUUUAGUUUUGGUAACACUUUCAGCGCAUUGACUGAUUUGAAAGCGAGUGCUGCUUCUAAUCAGAGCAAUUUACCACCAACGUCAGCGCCACCAUCAACACUAUCAAGCACAACAACAAUGCAACCAACAAUUUUCAAUAAACAAAACGAUAAUCCAUUAUUUGCGCCACAAGCUCUAUCCUUUUCCGCUUAUGGUACUGGCAGACCUAAAACUCCAACCGAGGUUGUUCAACCGAAGAACGCGGCUGAAACUGCUGCUCUAACGAAGGAUGCAAAAGGGGCGAGUGUUGCGGACAGUGGUGAUGCAACGAAAACUACGGCCGAUACAGAGGAUAUGAUAUUGAAAUCGUUAAAUAUCUGUAAGCCUACACCAAAAGAAACCGUCAAGCCAAAUGAGGGCAAUACAUUUUCCUUCACUUCGAAUAAUGAGAAUAAUCCACCAACAGCUUUUCAAAUCGUUUCGGACACAAAAGGAACAACACCGACAAAUAUUGCUACAGUCGCGACAUCGACAACAACGAUUUUCGGCAAGAGCGCUACAACAACGGCAGCAGCAGAACCUGCGUUUUCAAUCUUCAGUGGCAACAACAGCACUGCAUCCGCUUUUGGUACUAUCGCAAGCAGUUUAACCACUGCUACAACUACCACCGCCGCCCCGUUCGCAACCAGCACUAUUGGCGGCGCCGGCUCGUCCGCUUUUUCAUUUACUAACUCAACACCAUUCAAGCAACUGCCCCUGCCCACUUUCCAAAAUCCCAUUUCUGCAAGCACAACCGCUACUGUAUCUAGCGCCAGCGUUAAUUCAACAACCGUGGCCGCGCCUAUCGCGGUCGCUCCGGCAUCCGUAGCCACAGUCACCCCUGCAACUGUUUCCGCUGCCGUCUCGCCUACCGCUGCGAUAACAGUUGCUGCUACGACUACCAUACUAACGCCAACACCAUCGCCUACUGCAAGCGCAGCUGCUGCGGUCUCGUCCGCCGCUCCCGUAACAAGCGCAACUACUUCUUUCUUCUCAACCAUCGCUGCUAAUAAAGGCGAUGCCUCGAACGGUUCAAUAUUUGGUAAUUCAGGCCAGUCAACACCAGGGCAGUUCAACGCUGUUAAAAGUGAAAACACACCACAACAACCAACAUCGGUAGCAAGUGUACCAGCUUUCGGCGGCUUGUCUUUGGGCGGUCAAGCGCCAGCCGCUAGCGGUGGCAGUAUAUUCGGUAAUGCUAGCAGUGGCGGAUUUGGAGCUUCAACCGGCGGCAUAUUUGCUGCUGCCGCUGCUAACAGCCCCAUCGGUGGCAAUACAUCUGCUGGUUCUAUUUUUGGCAACGCUGCCGCUAAGAGUCCUGACACUACAGCUGCAUCGAUUUUCGGCAAUGCCGCUGCCAAACCAGCUGAAAACACUAGUUCGAUAUUUGGCAAUGCUGCCGCCAAGAGCGCCGAGAACACAGGUAGUUCUAUAUUUGGUGGUGGCGCUGCAACUGCUAAACCUGCUGAGUCGGUCAGCGUUUUCGGUUCACCAACCUCCACUAAUCCAGCCGUGAGCAGUGGUUCGAUUUUCGGUCAACCGAGUAGUGUUAGUGUUGGCGGCAAUAUUUUUGCUGCAGCUGCGGCUGCUAGCAAACCUGACGCAAGCGCAACAGCAUCUGGUUUCAGUUUUGUUGGCUCUGCUUUUGGUGGCACUGCUAACACUGUUGCCCCAGCUGGUGGCUCAAUAUUUGGUGGUGCAGCAGCAACGGCGGCAGAUCCGCAACAACAACAACAACCACAGCAAGGAAACAUAUUCAGUUCGCCAAACAGUGGUGGAUUUGGUGGAGCAGUUGGUACUUCACCGUUUAGUUCAUUCUCUCAAGGCGGUUCAUCGGUCGCUAAUACUGGCUUUGGUUCUCCUACGCAGCCGCAACAGCCACAACAACAACAACAGCAGCAGCAGGCAGGCGCGUUUUCACGUCCGAUCUUUGGUGGUGCACCGACAUUCGGUAGUCCGCCCGCGUUUGGCACUCAACCCAGCUUUGGUGGCGCACCGACUUUCGGUAGCCCGAAAGGAUUUGGGUCUUUUGCUACACCCACUACUACAGCGUUCAGCGCGCCCACAACGCAAAGUGGCAAUAUCUUCGAAGCUUUGGGCGCCACAGAUACAGGCUUGUCAUUUGGUAAUCUCGCACAGACCACUAAUCCACCUAAUGCACCAAAGCCGAUGUUUGGCGGCUCAUCAUUUAUGAACUAUCGCGCAUGAGCCGACGACGCAGGAAAUGAGCAGUCUUACUAAGACAGGGACUACAAAAAAGGAAUGCUAUGAAAAACCUUACAUUUUAUGAAAAUUAUAAAUUAUUACUCAUUCAAAAUGCUUAAAAUAAAAGAUAAAUGACGCUUACAA